AACAACCUAAAAAUCAGUAUUUUUUUAAUUAACACGCGAUUGGCGAAACAAAAGUUAAAGUAUUUACGUGCUUACGUGACACAAAAAUACAUUUUAACGUGUCGUAUAAAAUUGACGACUGUUCACCUUUAUUGACGGGUGGACUGAAAAAAAAAAAUUGCGAAUCGCCGAUGACAGCAGGAUGGCGCGAACCACAUAAGAAACAACGGAUACGCGUAUUAUAUACCUAUAUAAUACAGAGACAAUAAUAAUAAUAAUAAUUGUCCCUGUGGACGAAUAAUGGAUACAUAUGUAUAUUAUAUUAUUAACCGAACGUCGGCGGCGACACAACACAAAUGCGACGUCCCAGACAAAAGCGUUUCGCACUUGUCGUCAGUGGGGAGGGCGCAGCACAAUGGGCCACCGUCUAAUGUUAUGAGUGUAAUUUUUUUUUUUUAUUUAUUUAUUUAAUUUUUUUUUUUUUUAUCGGUCGAUUGAGAUAAAGCCGCAAGUAGCAAAAUUGUUCCAUCCGCCCGCGGCAGUAUAGUAGUGAUGUCCGACCAUGUCAGCGUCAGUUAACAGCGCGCGCGCGCCGCUUUGUGUCCUCUGACCGCCGUCUCGAUCGCCAUCGCGUGCACCACAACGAUCACGACGCGGACCACCACAUCUCGUCGUGUCCUCCCGCGGUCUCCUGCUGAUCACGCUCUGCGACGAUGACUGCACGGCCGACGACCACGACUGACCGGCCGACCGGCUGCCUGUGCUGCCGCUUCUCCUGCUGCCGCCGCCGUUGCUGUGCUGUGCCGUUGGUCUUGACCGUCUGACCUGCUGAGCCCGCGAUUGAAUAUUACUCGUAUACACUCGACGUCGCGUCGUUCCGCCACCCGACUUCCCCUCCACCCGAGACACUCUGCCAGUGCGACACACCGCGUUAUCGACACCGUCGCUGUGCUCCACUAGCGAUGGCGACGUCUAUGCGACGCGAACUGGGCAACGGGCCCACCGCCCUGGUGGCCGUCGACGCCGCACUGUCCACGGUGGUGAUCACGCCCGUGGUGGUCACGUACUGGAGGAUCACUUGGAAGCUGAUGGACAUAUACAUACUGCCCGGCAACCAGGUGUGGAGCACCGCCGCGUCCGUGGGCAUCGGGUUCAUCGGGCUGUUCAUGUUCACGUUGUUCCAGCACCGGUUCAAGCGCUACCUGAAGCCCCGGAAGCACACGGUCUUGUACUACGUCAUGUCCAGGAGCUACACGGCGGCGUUCGCGUACUCUUGCGUCAACUCGUGGCGCGGCAUCUGGAACACCAUGGACAUGGUGACGGGCACCCGGUCGCCGACGGUCGCCGCGUCCGUGGUGUUCGGCAUAUGCAGCUUGGCCUCCAUGAAGACCCUGCGCAACAUCAUCGCUCCCCCGAUAGCGAUACUCACCGAUAACUACGACGGAUAUUUUGAAGUGCCGACGCUGUUUCGCAUCGGAGUUCGAGAUGGUACUGGAUCAUGGCUGUAUGUAUUGGACAGCUUUUUCAGCGUUUGUAUUAUCGGUUCGUUGGUAGUCAUCGUUUGGCGAGGUGUUUGGAGUCUAAUGGACGAAUAUAUAUACCCGGAAGAUGAAAAUACAUCCGCAAUUAUGUCAUUGGUUAUCGGAUAUAGUGUAGUACUACUUGCUUUUGCAUUACAACCGGCUGUAAAAAAAUUGGUUAACAAAAUUAAUGGCUUGAAGCGAAUACUGGCUGUGGAUGUAUACUUACUAUUUUCAUUUUUUGGUGCUGUAAACGUGUGGAGAGGAGUAUGGGUUAUGCUGGAUAAUCACUUUAUACCAGAUGCUCGUAUUACCAGUUACUGGGUAUCACAUAUUGCAUGUUUCGGCUUCUUAGUUUUAUUAAACUCUUCUAACUCCAUAUUAGUCCGUGGUGUUUACAUAGACGCAGAAGAAGACGGUACACAAUGUGUUGAUUUUCCAUGUUAUUAUGUACGGCUCUUAGUACAGAAGAGAAAACGGAAAAAACAAAUACGCAUCGACGAAGAAGGUAAAGAAAUGAUGCAAAUAAAAAUUGAAAAAGAAGAGAAAACAGAAGAAAUAAAUGAGAAAAUUUUACUUACAAGUGAAAAUGGUGAUACAGCCAUAUCAAAUAAAACUGAAGAAACAUUAAACAACAGUAGUAAAAUCGUUUGACAUAACAAUAACCAAUAUUAAGGUUUGUACUUUUGGAUCUUAGAAGGUAUCAUUUUCAAAACACCGAAUCCUUUGUGUUCGUUCAAAUUAAAAGAUUUUUUAUAUGAAACAAUAUUUAUUAUUUAUAAUCAUGUACAUAUAUUUAGCUCGUUUUAUUUUUAUUGUUUUUCUUUUAUAGUUGUGAAAAGUCAUACAUUAUUUAGUUAUCAUUUAAACCAAUGUGUUAAUAUUAUAUUUUAAAAGGACAUUGAGUUAUACAUUUUGUAAAUAGUACAAUUCAGAUAUUAUAUUCGUAGUUGAUAGUGUAAUAAAAUGUAUUAAAUUCACCGAUGUUAUAUUA